GAGCGCACCUAAGAUGCGCACCAGAGAACAAACAGCCUCUGGUAGAGGAGACUCACAGUCCUGAUCAUCUGUGUGGUAGAAGAUUCACUCAUAUAACUCAUACCCUUACAAAUAAGGAUGGACAUCAUUUCCAUUACAUCACAGAAUAUUGGACUCAUGCUCUAAUGGGUGAAUUACUGAAAGAUGAGAAGAAACUGUUGGAGAGAAUGAAACAGUUUUCGUGGGACAAUACAGGAAGACUGAUGUCCCUGAACAGGACCAGUUUCAACAUCACGGAUGAGAGCGGACAUGCAUAUCAGUAUUCCUUUCCUGCUGAGGAUGCUUUAUAUGAGGAGUACAAGGCAACAACCCGGGACUUGAUUCCUCUCCCCAAAGCUGUUCUCUAUUUGUUAAUGGCUGCUCUGGUGGUGGUCGCAGUGGCUUAUGCCAUAGUGGGACAUCUGAUCAAAGACCUGGCCAGUGAUGUAGUAGACUGUGCACUUGGCCCAAAUGAGGAUGAUGUGGAGAAAGAGAAUGACGAAAGAAACACCAACCCUAAUCCUGUUACACUGUCUCUCUCUCAAAACAAUGCCUUCCACUUGUGGGACCAGGAUGAUGUAGUGAUCCCGCUGUCUUCAGAGGGCAGCUCUCAGACAAGUCCCUUAGUGCUGGCUGCUAUCCCUUACAUGCCAUCCUUCUUCCCUCAUAUAGGACACCCACACAUCCCCUCAUCUGUCUGUACCACCAACAGUCAUGAGCAGCCCUAUAGCCCUGGGUUUAUCUGCUCUAUUCCACAAGAUCUAUAAAAGGCCAUGGAAUUAAGGUCAACAUCAACAUCUCUCACUAAUAGUGUUUUUGGAAGCACGAGACUAUGAUUUGUAUGAUAUGAGUAACGCACAUGUUGGAUUGAAAGUGUGAUCCAAUAAACCAAUAAAAAUCACCACCACUUAUGAGCCUUUAAAGUGAUUUUGUAAUUGUAAGAAAACAAACACACAAGAAUGAUGGUUUAAACAAGUUCCUUUCAGAGAAUAGGUGAGUGAAGCCUUCAGAGUUUACAAUUCAGAACCUGAAUUUGCAACUAAAGUGUUUACUUGCUAAUAACAAAAAGUAAAGCAUUGAAAAACAUGCUCAUGAGAAGUGCAUUUUAAUAGCUAAUCACCUUUUUUUUUACAUCAAGGUUGUAAUAUCAGUAUCUGAGAACUGCGUAUCUCUAUCUUAAAACCUGACAAAUGUAAAUGUGAAGUUAAAAUUCACACAGUAAAACACGUGACAGCUUGCGUCCCUCAAGC